AUGACCCUGAGCUCUCUAGACAACUUGGCCCAUAUAGCCAACAUGUCGGAGGAGCUACACCAGUUGAAUAGUCAACUCAAGGCCGAGGAGGCGGCGGGAUACACUCCUUCUGGUUCUGGACCCUACGAGCCUGAGACCCAACCAUCUUCAAAUUCUGGCGUAAAUGGCCGGCCAAAACGUAUCGCUUGUGUGAACUGUAGACAGCAGAAGAGCAGGUGUGACUCGCACCAGAAACACCCGGCACCAUGUACCAGAUGUGCCAAAAAAGGACUCCAUUGCACACUCAAGAGUGACUAUAAACGAACCUAUAAAAGAGCCCGGAUAGCCCAGAUUGAACGAGAGUUUGAGGAGUUGAAAGAGCGUCUCAAGGUGGCGUCGGCACCUGGAUCUGGUACUGGUAUCCCGUUGGGAAGUAAUGAACAAAUACCACAGUCGCAUAUGGCCCAAACUCAUCCUCGAGCAUCACCAGUGGUGUUUUCUCCAGGUAAUAUUCGUGCUCCAGAGUUGUCACACAACACUUCUGAAAGCAACAACUCACCGGAAAUGCCGUCGAUUUUCCGUCCUCUAGACCACCGCUCAGAGACUCCAUUCCACCAAACAGUUCUCGAAGAAGAGUCGCUUAUUUGUGAAGAAAAAACCAUCGAUUCUGUAUCGCUUUCUCCACACACGAUUCGCAAUCUUUACCUCGAGUUUGUUGACUGCUACCACCCCAUCCUCCCGGUCGUUGAGGUGACCAAAGGACCCGAGCGUAUCUACCGUCUCUGUCCUGCCCUUUUCUGGGUCAUAAUGUUCGUUUCUCUUCGACGGUUUCGAGACGAGUCGCAAAAGACUCUACUCCUCGAACUUGCCCCAUUAAUCAAAAACAUCCUUUCCGAAAUCACCAUCUCCCCCAUCACAAGAUACAACCCCACCGAAGAAGACGAACCCAUUUUCAACGCUUGCUCGGUCUACUCCGUCCAGGCUUUCUUGCUCUACACGUUCUGGCCGCCCAUCACCUCCUCGCUCAGUGCCGACUCGUCGUGGAACACCAUUGGUGUGGCUCUUUUCCAAGCAAUUAGAAUCGGACUCCAUACUAGAACGCCAAAUCCCGACGGAACCAAGACUCCCCAGCAGAUCGAAAUGGCACAGGAACAAGCCAAAACCUGGAUCGUGUGUAAUAUAGUAUCGCAAACCAUAGCAUCUUCAUUUGGGUUUCCCGCGUUUGUUCAAUUCGACUCGUCAAUGUCCAGUCUUCAGCCCACAAUCUCCACCAUCCAGCCGGCGCAAAUCCCCAAGACUUUGAUGUUCAUGACAGAAAUCGCCCAGUUUGAAGACCAAGUUGCCAAAACUCUCAAUUCAAACCCAAUGGAUCCCCAUGGCUUGAUCGAUGCUACGGAAAGACUUCCACUUCUCAAGGUGUUAAACCGUCAAUUGGACGAUCUCGAGGUCAAAUUUGCAAAUGAAGCCGUUGACGGAUUCCGAAAAUUCCAAAUUCUCACUGCUAGAGUACACCUCUUGACAUACCAUUUCAUGGAUACUUCUCGCGUGGCAUCGUUCGAGCUUCAAAAGGGAUUGGUACGGUUGUACAAUGCUGCCAUAACCCUCGUCAAUCAUGUCCAUUCGUGCCAAACAAAAGACAAGCGGUUUGUGAAAUAUCUUCCUGGAGUGUACAUUCUCAGUAUAUGGCAAGCAGCAUUUAUCAUUGGAAAGCUAGCACACUCGCCGCUCCAGAAAGUGGUGGAUGUGGGUUCUGGACGCCAGACGUACCAAACAGCAAUUUCAUUGGCUGCUAAAGCUUCAGUAUUGAAGCAUGAUAUUGCUUAUAGAUCCAGUGGAAUCAUGAAAAGUAUGUGGCAGCUUUUCCGAACUUUGGAUAAGCGAAACAUAUCCAGUUGGACCAUAAGUAUCCGAACAAGAAUGGCAGCGUCGGUGUUCUUUGACUGCUUGUAUCUUCUCCGAGAGAAGGUUGGCAUGAUAAAACUCAAUAAUCGCACCGAUGGAAAUGGCACUAAUGUUGACGACGAAGCCAUCUCAGAAGAAGAUGAAGACUUUGACGGAGCCACCGGGUCGGAUAAGGAUACUGCACCCACAGAGGACCAGAAAAGUAACAAGUCCACACCAAGCUCAACAUCUAGUCGUUCCAAAAAACCUCGUUCUUUAUCCAACAAUUUGGACGCUGAGUCCACUGCUAGAAAAAUCAUUCGUACAAUUCCCUUGGAUCCCCAGCCCAUGUCUGUUAGCAAGCGCAGCAGUAUAUUCAACGUGGUGAACAACAGCACCGAAACGUCUCCCCAUAUGAGAUCUGAAGGAUCUUACCAGUCGCCGAAUCAGGACCAAAAAAUGGCCCAAAAUGCGACGUCCGGCUUGGCGAAACAAGACCCGUCGCCCAUGUAUGAGUCUCUCGAGCAUUUCGACAUGGACUCGCUCGACAUAAGUAGCAGCGACUUGCUCUGGAAGGACGUCGAUAGCGUUAUGAACGACUUUGGGUUCCAUACAUAG